AUGAAGAUCCUCAUUGUGGGCGCAGGUCUUGGCGGCCUCGCGGCUGCGUACUGCUUUGCCAAGGACGGCCACCAUGUCUUUGAGAGGCGAGAGAAAUUGUCGCCAAAGGGGAGUGGACUGCUGAUCCGUCCUGGCGCGUCUCGCAUUCUUCAAUCUUGGGGCCUUGGAGACGCCAUUGAACAAGUCGCGGACACCUGUCUCCCGAUCCUCAUUCGAGACCUGAAGACCGGGAAGGACAAGAUACGCACUUUGCCAGCAUCUCUCACCAAAUAUCCAGAUUGGGGCAUUCAUCGGCCGAUUCUACAGGAUAUUCUCUACCAACAUGCCGUGCACGCUGGGGCCGAGAUUUUCUUCAACAGUUCCGUGGAAGACUUCUCAGAUGAACCCGGCGUAAGUCCAAGAUUACAACUAAAAGGAGGGAAAACAAUAGCCGGCGAUCUCAUUCUCAUUGCUGACGGGAUUCAAUCACGCCUGCGUACUAAAGUUUUAUUUGACGUUUCCGCGGGGUGGUCGGUGAACCCGCAAGUCAGCGAUUCGGUCUACUAUGGCGUAACAGUGUCACAGAAAGAACUACAAUCGGAUAGUGACGCCAGCUUAUUGCUACAGGAGUUCGAAACAUGUGUUUGGGCAGGCGAUGAGCGUUUUGUCAUUGGUCGGAAGCCCAGAAAAAUGGAAUUCUGGAGCGGCUUGUUCGGCCUCAAACACGAUGAUGGCCAUGCCAGCAUGUGGAGCGAGGAUGGAGAUAUCGCAUUUGUGAGGCAGCGUUUUGAGGGGAUAUGCCCUCCACUUUCUGCAGUUCUCAAAUUGGCGACUAAGUGCGACAGGUGGAAGAUCGCCCAAAUACCAAAUCUUCCCCGCUGGACGAGUAGGACUGGCAGAACCAUCCUAUUGGGUGACUCAGCCCAUGCAAUGGAGCCCAAUGCAGCACAGGGCUUGUCGCAGACUAUCGAGGAUAUUGGGGUAUUGCACAUAUUGCUUUCGUCACUUCCUUACCUGAGUGUCGCAGUGAUAAGUAGAUUUUGGGAAGAUAUUCGAAAGCCUCGUGUUGAACGCAUCAAAUCCUUUGCUGCUUGGAACACGCAAAGGUUUCUCGGGCACAAAGAUCACGCGGCCUCGCAUCAAAAAUAUGCUGAUACCGACUGGGAUUCCAUCAAAAAUAUCGAACCAGAUCCUGCCGCAGAUUUCAGAAGCCCUGCGUUCUUCAAGUGGGCCCACGACUAUGAUGUCGUUGAACAUACUAGAAAGUACUUGGAGAAAGUCAACACACCAAGCUCGCGAUUGUAA